AUGUCAUUAUUAUACCUAUGCAAUAUAAAUCCUAAAUUAUUCCAUAUUUCUUGGUUCCAGCAAGCUCAAUCUGUGCAACUGUUCGGCGACUACGAUAAAUGCGUCGGCAAUUACUUCGUGGACGUGGACGGGAACGAGUUCCUGGACGUCUUUACCCAGAUAUCGUCGGUUCCGAUAGGAUACAACCACCCUGCGUUGCUGGGAGCUUUUGAAGAUAAACAUGCCCUUAGAUCCCUUAUCAAUCGGCCAGCGCUCUUAGUGUUUCCACCGGCCGACUGGCCAUCGAAGCUGAAGCGUGUGUUGCUAGCUUUUGCGCCGCGCUGCAUGGACCACGUGUACACGAUGAUGUGCGGCGCCUGCUCCCUCGAGAACGCCUACAAGUGCGCCUUCUUCUGGUACCGCACCAAGCAACGCGGUGGACAGGUGGACUUCUCGCCGGAAGAAACAGUCUCCUGCAUGUUGAACCAACCGCCGGGCUCGCCGGACUUGGCUAUCAUGUCGUUUUGGGGAUGUUUCCAUGGUCGCGCCUUCGGAGCCUUGUCCACCACGAGGUCGAAGCCGAUACAUAAAGUAGAUUGCCCAGCCUUCGAUUGGCCCGUGGCCCCAUUCCCGAUAUACAAGUACCCACUUCAUGAAAAUAAAGCCUAUAACUGUCAGGAAGACCAAAGAUGCCUGGCCCAAGUAGCGUGCAUCAUACAAGAGCGCCUAAAAUGCUGUAGGCCGGUGGCGGGGGUAGUUGUCGAGCCGAUACAGUCAGAGGGAGGAGACAACGAAGCGUCCCCGGAGUUUUUCCAGAGCCUUCAGCAGAUCUGCAAGCAAAUGGGAGUAGCUCUCAUCGUAGACGAGGUUCAGACCGGGUGCGGGCCGACGGGCAAGAUGUGGGCCCACGAGCACUUCGACCUGCCCUCACCCCCGGACCUAGUCACGUUCAGUAAGAAAAUGCUCACGGGUGGGUUUUUUACGUCUUCGGAGUUCAAGCCUGCCCAGGGUUACAGAAUUUUCAACACCUGGAGCGGAGACCCUGGAAAGUUGAUCCUCCUGGACCAAGUACUUCGCGUCAUUGAGCAAGAGCAGCUGCUAAGCAACGUUCAGAAAACUGGAAAAGUUUUGAAAGAUGGCUUACAUGAACUCGAGAAUGAAUUUUCCAACGCGAUAGGAAGAGUGCGCGGCCGGGGCACGUUCUUAGCAUUCUGUUCCCCUAGUGCUACAGUGAGGGACAAAAUUAAUAACAGUUUGAAGAAAAAUGGUGUUCUGAGCGGCAUAUGUGGGGAAAAGUCUAUCCGCCUGCGCCCCGCGCUCAUCUUUCAGGAGAAACACGCUCACAUCUACUUGGAUAUCCUAAGAAAAACAUUGAAAGAGCUUUAA